AUGAGCCAACAAAAAAGAAAAAAUCACCUGACUGGUCAAAACAGUGUUAAUGCAGAUAAUAUGCAAAUCAAUGAGCAACAGGCUGAUAUUGGAAAGUCAUCUAAAAAGAUUGAACAGCCAAACUUAUUUAAUGAAAAUGAUAGUGAUAUAUUAAUUGAAAGUAUUAUUGACUUGACAAAUAAUACUGAAAAUCCUGAAUUAGAUACUCUAUCUAGGCUCGAAAAAAAAUUAGAAUUACUUCAAGUACUAUUGAAGAAUGUUUCAAAAAGUGAUUCAACUUUUAUCUUAGAAUUGGAAUCACAAAGAGAUGUUUUACAGCCUAAGCUAUCAUCAGAAAAUAAUAACAUUGGAAAAAUAGAAAAAAAUGAUGAAUUCACUAAAAGUAAUAUUGAAGAAAAUGAGGCUAUUAAGGAAAAGAAUGCUAAAAAUAAUGAAGAUGCCUUAGAACAGAAUAAUGUAAAGAAUACCGAAAAUGAAGUAGAAGAAGAAGAUAAGCAGAAGAAGUCAAUGUCACCCGAAGAGGUAGCUCGUAUGGAAAAUGAUCCAUCUGUUCAGAAUCCUAAAGCUGAGUUUGUAGUGUCCCAAACAUUACCAGCAGCAGCAGCAGCCUUGGGUCUAUUUAAUGAAUCAUCUCUAGCAGCAACAGGUGAAGAAGCACUUCGAAAAAAAUAUGCCGUAGCAAGUUAUCCAGCACGAGAUUUAAAAGAAACAUUACCAGGCCCAAUUCCAGAUGGUGAUUUUACUGGUCCAAAGCCAACUAAUCAAAUCCAAUUUGCCACAUUCUUAGCAUCUGUAGAGCCAUAUUAUAAACCCUUUGCGGAUGAAGAUCUUCGAUUUCUUCAAGAGUCAAAUAUUUUGCCUUCUGAAUUGAAAAAUUCUCAAAACUAUGAUCCCGACGUUACUCCAUACAUUAUUCCAAAAUUGGGUAUACCACAAUCUCAACCUAUCAAUAAUGGACACUCUACCUCUUCAUUUAAUAAUGGCACAUCAUCUAUAAAUGAUUUAAAAAAUAAAUCGGCAAAUCAAAGCAAUGUUACUUCAGCUGUAACUGGCAAUUCAGAAUUAGUUGUUAAUAGCAAUACAAAGAAUGCUGAUAAAGCUAGUAAAUCAUCCAAUACAGUGGUGGCAACAGAAAAGGAAUCAAUUGCUAAUCUGCGAAAGGAUUCAUUACCACAUGGUAAUUAUACGACAGAUAUGGACGAGUCUGUAUUGGAAUCUGAAAAUAAAGUAUCUUGUGGUCCCUUAGUUUCAAGAUUGUUGGCUGCAGUAAUGCAUGUACCGUCGACCUCAGAACAGAACUGGAAAGUGCAAGGUAAACUGGAAACUUCCUCAUCAGUGGCAGUAACACCAUUAAAUGGCACAAGUCCUGUAAAAAAAGAAGAUGAUGAUGGUGAUCACGAUAUGGAACAAGAUCUGGCAGAUGAUGAAACCAAUCCAAAUCUCGCUCUUGAGCAUGGAUUUGAAAGUCUGUUUGCAAAAGUACCCCAGCCAGGAAGAGGUUGGCCUAAUUCUUUGAAUAUGGAUUAUCAGACUCUAGAUGACAGGCUUCAAAAUGAGCUAAAAUAUGUUGGUAUAUAUUUGAAUCUUCCAAGGGAUGAAAAUGGUCAUCAACGUGAAAUAGAUUGGGUCAGUGGCCGUGAGGAUGACGAAAUCAGUGCCGAAUUGCGGUCGCUACAAAAGGUUUUGAAGCAGGUUAGUCAUCGUACUAAAAAACGUAAGAAAAUUCUACAACCUAUAGUGAAGAAAAGGCUAGCUUGGCAAGAGUAUUGGAAUAUUAAGGAAGAUUUAGAUAAGCAGCUUGAUCAGGCAUAUAUUAAAAGAAUCAGGGUUCCAAAGAAAAGAAAGAAGCAUCAUUCAAGCACACCUAAUACAACAACUCAUCCAAGCAUAUCACAUAUGGCCCAGCAAAAAGCUGCAAACUCGAGUUUAAAAUCUCUAAUAGACAAAAGGUCCAGAUGGAUCAACAAAAUCGGACCGUUAUUUGACAAAGAAGAGGUUAUGCUAAGGAUAGCAAAAGAAAGCAUAUUCAGUAAUAUGGAUGAACCUGAAGAGGAAGAAGAUGAAGAACCAUAUAUUUAA